AUGGCAUCUUAUCCAGGCAGAUACUAUGGUGAUCGCAAGAUCCCACCUCAGAAGAAGAGCAUGCAUCAUUACUGCGUUUUGGGGAACAUUGGAAGUAUAAAGGAAAGUUUAGGCGACGAAGUGUGGAGCUAUCUUUUAAAUUCUCCUGUUGGUUGUAUUUGUAAACUUGUUGAAAGCGAUUUCAUCUGGUCGGCGAAGACUGUUCACAAUGUUAUCACACGGCAGUUGGCUACAGAAAAGAAUCACGAGAUAUGGUGUUUGGUUGAUGAUCAACCAAUUCGUUUUUCAUUGUGUAAAUUUGCUGCAAUAUCGGGGAUGAAUUCGCAGCCGUAUGAGGAAACUGGAACAUGGGACACUGAUCAUAAGGAACUAUGGGGGGACAUGAAGAUUUCUCUGACCGAUGGACCUAGCUGGGAUGACCUGAAAGAGGUCUUACGGAGAUGUAGAACCUGGUCGUUUGACAAGCGGAGAAUGGUUGGAUGCUUAUGUGUAAUUGCUGUUGGCGUCCUUGGGCUGCAUUCAUCUACAAAAAUUCCUCUUAAGUUUGCGAAAACCGUUCUUGAUGUUGAGGCAUUUGAGCAAUUCCCAUGGGGCAGAGUCGCUUGUGAGAGUUUGAUUGAGUUUGUGAAAUUGGCGGAUUUGAACAGCAAAUCUUAUACCAUUGGUGGUUUUGUCCCCAUUCUCCAAAUAUGGGUUUAUGAGGCGAUUACCAUUUUGGGUGAAAGGUUCGGGAACAAGAUUGACGGUAUGGAAGUUCCCCUUCUGUCAUGGGCUGGGUCGCGUAAGCGUUUCAACUUUGAUGAUCUUGUUCUCGAAGAAAAGAACAACCAGGUGAAGGUACGGGUUAGACAUAUUAUAGUUAAUAAUGGUGAGGACCCCAAACCACGGUGGAGUGAUGAUACUGAGGAUGUUGGAGUGGAUAAACUCUUGGAAGAUAUACUCCAUGAUCGGCUCCCCAGGAAUGUUUGGUCACUAGAAGCUGAAAGUAAGAGUAAAGGGAAAGAACCAGUCGACGAAAGCGACGAUGACUUUGUUGAAGCAUGCAUAUCUCGUACGGCAAAGAAUCUUCCGAGGAACAAUAAACGGAAAGGAGAAACAAGUGUCAAAGAAUCAGAAACAGUUAGAAAGAUUCCAAGAGUAAGUUCGGCGGAAAAGCCGACAAAGUCAUCUAUUGAAAAUGAUGGUAUGGCUGAGGGGAUAAUGAAACUUCUCGAAGUACUUACAAACAAGGUAGACAGUGUGGCCUCUGCAUUGAGCACAUCUAUUGAAGUUUUGAAGGGAGAAAUAGAGCAAAAAAUGUCUUCAAUGGAGGUCAAUGUAUCUGCGAAAAUGGCUUCAAUAGAGGGUAAAGUUGGUUCGAAAAUGGCUUCAAUGGAGGGUAUGGUGCAAGGGAAAUUGUGUCAAUUUGAAAAUGAACUGAAGGCGGUAAAAGAGUUGGAGAAAAAUGCGUCCAAAGAAGAAGCAAUGCACUCUAGCGGCAGUCUCAAAGAUGAUGGAAAUAGCAAAGAUCCGUCCUGGAUGGUUAUGCAGAAGCAGACAUCAGAUGGUAUGACGAUGCAGUGUGUUGCGAGAAGUACCCCUGCGUUUGUGAAAGAAGCAGUUUUUCCACCAUAUAAACCGACGGAUGACUUGAUCGACAUAACCGACGAAGUGGCCAAAGCCGAUGAUGCAACUAUGGCGAAACCAACUGAUUCAGGUUCAACAUUUUCUAACCCCGUAGAACAUGCUAAUUGCAACAAAGUGGACAUGGCUUUGAAUGCACUUGCAGGUGCCCUGGGUGUAAAGACACCUGCACCGAAGCGAAACAAACAAAAGGCCCCUUCGCAGUUAUCCCCUUUCCUUGGAAAGUCCGCAGUUAGUCGCUUAAAGGAUGGUGUAAUUCGAUCUCUCAGAGCUUAUGAUCCGUUCCAUGAAAUAGAGCCAUUUAAAAUGGCACAGUUGAUCGAGAGGAUUAAUGAAGAAAAGGAGAAUCCAAUUGGGUCUUUUGUAGGAUCGUGCAACUUCUACAAAACUUUGAUGACUCCAAAGGAGAGGUGGCCAAAGAACGACUUGAAAUUCGGAUGGCUUGGAGAAUGCCAUAUAUCCUCUUUCGCACAUUUGCUGAGGAAAAGAUUUCUCUGUGACCCAACUCCUUUCUAUAGCACCAGGAUUGCUUUCCUCGACCAAUGCUGGGUUAGUUCAUGGUAUCAUGACUACAAACAAUUUGCAAUCAAUACGAUGAACUUCAUGUUCCGAGAGUCUUACAUAGAGGUGAUGAACGGCGUGUACCCGUAUUAUGCUAUUACAAACAAGAAAUGGGUGGCUGACGUUGAUCAUCUGUAUUUUGCGCACAACAUCAAGGGCCGGCAUUGGAUAGGUCUUCAUGUUAACCUGGUCAGGCAACAUAUUGACGUCUAUGAUUGCAUCAUAAGUGCUUAUAGUGACAAGGAGAUAAUUGAGGAGGUCAAACCGUAUGCUAGGAUGCUUCCCUAUAUGCUUAGAUCUAUAGCACCUCCUGCAUCCAAAAAGGACAUCGUUCUAAAGCAGUACACAAUUUACAGGAGGAGAUCCAAUGUGCCACAGAAUAUACAGAGUGGUGAUUGCGGCGUGUAUACAUGUAAGUUUUUAGAGUGUCUUGCUUUAGGUUACUCUUUUGAAGGGAUUAACGAUUAA